UUGUAUACACUUGAGCUGUCAGAAUUUCUCUGAUGCGAAUGUCAAACGUCAUUCGGGUGAAACAGAGGUCAUUGUGGAACUUUUGUUUGUGGAGUCAAUCAGAGCGCAUUUCAAACAAAAACAAACUUCGAUAGCGCUCUAAUCUGCAACAGCGCGGCAAUCAACUUUACUGACCGCAGGAUCCAUUCAAGUCCAUUCAUCUGGUAUUCGGAGAAUUCGAGCUUUUUAGGAUCAAAACUGACAGAAGAUGCCAUACUAGAGGCUGUUUGCUUCGCGAAAUAACAGGUUUUCGGUGCUAUUCCGUCGGAGAAAAGUUCUUGCAAUACAAGCGAAGAAAAAGAGGUACAAAGCACCAAAGGCACGCAUGAGGCCAGAAGACAGCAAGACCAAGCCGAAAAGCGGGAGUGUGUCUAGUUUCAACGAUGAAGAUUAUGAAGUGGACGAAAACUCCGACGAAGAGGAACAAGAGGAGCCAGGAGAUUACUGCAAAGGAGGGUACCAUCCUGUUCGAUUAGGUGACUUGUUCAAUAACCGGUACAGCAUCAUCAGAAAGCUGGGAUGGGGACACUUUUCAACUGUGUGGUUGGCAUGGGAUCUCAAAGAUCGCCGGUUUGUAGCACUGAAGAUUGUUAAAAGCGCAUCUCAUUAUACAGAAACUGCUAUAGAUGAAAUGAAACUUCUAAGAACUGUGCACACAGCAGAUGCAAAUCACACUGGAUAUAAACAUGUUGUCCAGCUAACGGAUGAUUUCAAAAUUGUAGGAAUAAAUGGUUCACAUAUAUGUAUGGUUUUUGAAGUGUUAGGUCAUAACUUGUUAAAAUUAAUAAUAAAGUCCAGUUAUAAAGGAAUACCAAUAUUGCAAGUCAAGAGUAUCAUAAAACAGGUAAGUUUGAAUUUCUUUCUACUUCUACUUCUUUCUACUUCUACUUUCUAUUCCUAGGUGCUUCAUGGUUAGUGCGCUCAUAUCUGGAUCAAGCCGUUCAGGUUUGAGCCCUGGCCAGAGACAUUGUGUCAUGUUCGUAAGCAAGACACAUUACUUUCACAGUGGCCCUUUCCACCCAGGUGUAUAAAUGGGUAUGGGGGAAUUCAAUGCCGGGGGUAACCCUGCAAUGGAACAGCAUCCC